ACCAUCAAAUUUGCAGCCCCUCUGGAGUAGUGUCCCCCGAUAAAUAUCGACCCCGCGGCCAUUCAUUCCCUGGGCUCUCACCACAUCACUUUAAGCUAUAUAUUAAAAGUUUGCAAAAUGCAAAAGUUCAAAAUAACGCAGCCAUUCCUCGACCUCAAAUGCGGCCUUUCAGAGGGACCGUUUUACGAACAAUCAACCAACACCCUACGUUUCAUCGAUAUUGCCAAACGCCAUACGUGGUGGGUAGAUCUGAACGUAGGCCCAUCUUCUGCUAAGAAAUUUGGUUACGACAUUUCAUUCGGUGUGACUGCGAAUCUCGCAUCAUCAAAAGACAGCUUUCUCUUUGGUGGAAAGCAUGGGGUCGGAAUAGCUAAACGCAACAGCAAUGAAUACAGAUAUAUCCAGCGCUUUUGGAACGAUGCCGAAACUUCUAAGGGCUAUGAAAAUAUCAUGCGCGCGAAUGAUGGCGGCGUUGACAGCCAGGGUCGCUUCUGGGUCGGCGCAAUGAACGAUCCAGCUGUCACUAAUGGCAAAUUUGAUCCUGUUGGCACCCUCUUCCGUCUCGAUAUAGACGGCUCCUUCCAUCGCAUGCUUGAAAAUGUGACUAUCCCAAACGGGAUCUCAUGGAGUUUAGAUGACAAGACCAUGUACUGGACUGACACUCCCACCGGAAAUAUUUACGCAUUUGACUUUGAUGCUUCUACUGGCAAUAUCACCAAUCAGAGAGUAUUUUGGCACUCAGAUGAAGGCGGACCUGACGGACACGCCAUGGAUGAAGAAGGAAAUCUUUGGGUUGCGCUUUGGGGUGCAUGGAAAGUUGUCAAAGUUUCACCGAAAGGAAAAGUGACAGCUGAAAUCGAGGUACCAACAAGGUGUCCAACUGCUGUUGCUUUUGCCGAUGAAGAUGUUUACAUUACUAGUGAGGAGGAUCCUGAGGUUGACAAGUAUCCUGAAUCUGGGAAAUGGCAUGGAGGAGUUUUCAAGUGCCAUGUUGGCGUUCGCGGCAGAAAACUGUUUGAUGCACAAAUUCCAUGCUAAAUGAAUAUUUUAGAAAUUACAUAGACGGCUUCUUUCACAGUGGGCUACAAGCUGACAUGGAAGCAUUCAA